UUUCCUGGUUGAGUGCCUGUUUAAUUUUUACGUUUCGCGAUAUCGUUUCGGGGUGCCUUGCUGCUCUGCUGCUGCGGUUGCUUUCGCUAGUGAUACCUACAUACCUACUGAUACCGAAAGGAUGCGGUCGUGGGCUUUCCUGUUCGUCGCAAUUGCGUUUGUAGCUGCCAGCCAUGCUGCAAUCUACCCAUGGAUUCCGCUACCGCCUUGGUGGUAUCGAGCACCGGAUAAAGACACACCGCCGUUGGUGAACAUUCAGCAGCAUGGUGGGAACUAUCAUUUGAGUAGCAUAGAAGGCAAGGCAUAUCAGGCUCUAUCUCCGGCAUCAGUCGUUCAACCUCCGGUGUCCGCAGUACACGUGCAAUCCGUACCAGCAGCAUCACUUCAGUAUCUUCAAAAUGGGCAGGCUAUUGUUUUGAUAUCUCCGGCAGUGCCACAGUCUGCUGCAGGAACGGGUGACGCCGGUUCUGGAACAGUAACCGAGGCUCCUGGAAGUGAGUCGACUGAGCCUGGCAACGUAGCUGACCAGGACCCACCCAGAGAGCCGGCGCCAGUUACAGAACAGUCAGAAGAUUAUGAUGCCACGGAGAGCUCGUAGGUGUUUUAAAAUCGUGUUUUGUUUGUUAGGUAUCGCUUGUUUUUUCUUAAAUCAAAAAUGUGUUCUGGAAAGUGCUCAGUUGGAGAUUUAAAAUAAGUUUUGGUUAUAACUAUACAAGAAAUAAAAACACAACCAGUAUAUAUUUUUUGUGAGAGGUCGUUGCAUA